CACUCAAUAUGCACACAACCUACUUCUAGCUAAUACUCUUAACUCUUCCUUCAUCAUCAAUGGCUUUUUCUCAAGACUUGGAGAUAGAAUCAUCUUCUCCCUCCCUGGUGUUUUCAGUGCGGAGGAGUGAACCGGAGCUGGUGGCUCCGGCCAAGCCCACUCCCCGCGAAAUCAAGCUCCUAUCUGACAUAGACUGUCAAGCGGGUUUGCGUGUCCAAAUCCCAAUCAUACAAUUCUAUCGUCACCAUCCAUCAAUGGUAGGGAAGGAUCCGGUUCAAACCAUUAAACACGCUCUCGCACAAACUCUUGUGUUUUUCUAUCCAUUGGCAGGUAGACUUAAGGAAGCUUCAGAUGGCAAACUCGCCGUGGAUUGUAACCAGCAAGGUGUCAUGUUCAUUGAGGCCGACGCAGAUGUCACACUCCUCCAAUUUGGUCAUGCUCUUAAACCACCCUUCCCAUGCUUCCAAGAACUCCUUUACCAACCUCCCGCUUCACAAGGAAUCACAGAUACCCCCAUUUUUCUCAUACAGGUGACGCGUUUGAAGUGCGGUGGUUUCAUAUUCGCACUCCGUUUUAACCAUGCUAUGGUUGACGGAGUUGGCUUGAUUCGUUUCUUAUCUACCGUGGCGGAGAUAGCACGGGGAGCGAAACAACCUUCGAUUCAAGCCGAGUGGCGCAGGGAGCUUUUAAACGCGAGAGAUCCACCACGUGUCACGUUUAACCACCGCGAGUACGAACAACUAUCAGACUCCAACGACGUCGUUCCCACGGACUUGGAACAACGUUCGUUCUUCUUCGGAGCCACCGAAAUAGCCGCCAUCCGCAGCCUGCUUCCCAGCGACCUCGAGCAACACGCCACGACGUUCGAGGUGCUGACAUCAUACGUGUGGCGCUGCCGCACGAGAGCGCUGCAAAUCGAUCCAGAGGAAGACGUCCGAAUGAUGUGCAUCGUGGACGCGCGCGGCAAGUUCAACCCUCCCUUCCCGGCGGGGUAUUACGGCAGCUGCUUCGCGUUCCCGGCGGCGGUGAGCGGCGCCGGAGAGCUGUGCGAGAAGCCGCUAGAGUACGCGGUGGGGCUGGUACAAAAAGCGAGGGAGAAAGUGAGCGAGGAAUACAUGCAGUCAGUGGCGGAUCUAAUGGUGAGUGAGGGACGACCGUUGUUCACGGUGGUGCGGUCGUGUCUUGUGUUGGAUACAACUGAAGCUGGGUUUAGGGAUGUGGAUUUUGGGUGGGGGAAGGCCGUGUAUGGUGGGAUGGCUAUUGCUGGCGCUGGGGCUUUUCCUGCUGUGAACUUUCACGUGCCGAGUCAGAAUGCAAAGGGAGAAGAAGGUAUACUGGUUUUGGUUUGCUUGCCUAAGCAAGUUACCAAAGCCUUUGCCAAAGAGUUGGAUCACAACAUGCUUCACCCUUGAGACCAACAAAUGUGUGCUUAAGCUUAAAAGACUUUUAAAUUUACUAUAAAUUAAGUUUCGCGCUGUGUCUGGGUGAAUUAUAUAUGUAAUAUGUUCUGUUGUGUACAAUCAACUCAUUGCGAGUGAUAUCAAGUUACUUGAAUUUGGAUUGUUAUCAUUAUUGUACCAAAUAAAUUUGUCUGUAAUUAAACAAUAUAA